AUGGCAGAGGCGAUCCAGCACCUGAUCCUCGAGACUCUAGACAAACACAAUGUCAUCAAGGACACGAGAGAACUCGUCCUUCCUGGCGAGUCGAAACCGGCUGCCACUCAAGAGGCCCAGCUAGCCAUCAUCGCAGCGCUCAACUCGCUACAAUCACGAAAUAUGGUGGUCUAUCAAGCCCAUGAAGUACUGAGCUACUCUCUGACUCCCGAAGGAGAACAAAUCGCAACGCAGGGCUCGCACGAAGCUCGCGUAUGGGCGGCACUAUCCGAGAAAGGAGGGGAACCCGUCUCUAUCAAAGAUCUCAAAUCCAAGGUGGGGGAUGAGAGUGCAAAAGUUGGACAAGGGCGAGCGUUCAAGAGUGGCUGGAUCGUCAAAGACGGAGAAAAUCUCUUCAAAGCUGUCUCCUCGAUCGUCGAUACCACACAAGAGGAGAUGGUAGAGAUCGCGACAACAGGUACAUUGGCAGCUGGAGAGAGAGCAAUUAACGAGUUGAAGAAGCGCAAGUUGGUUGUCCAAAAGAAAGGCCAAUGGUAUGAUGUAGCCAAAGGGCCCGAGUUUAGUACGUCCACUGCGAAGCCAGAGACAGAUCUUACGGCGGAGAUGAUUGCAAACGGCUCUUGGAAGACCUCGACUUACAAGAAAUACAAUUUUGAUGCCGAGGGUAUUCCACCAACAGGAGGUGCUCUUCACCCACUACUCAAAGUACGAGAAGAGUUUAGAAACAUCUUCCUGGAGAUGGGCUUUGCAGAGAUGCCAACUUCGCAGUUUGUCGAGUCUGGAUUUUGGAACUUUGAUACGCUUUUCGUGCCACAGCAGCAUCCAGCUCGAGAUCUGCAAGAUACAUUCUACAUCUCUGACCCAAUCUCGUCGAAACCGCCUCCCAAGGACUAUUAUGACAAGGUCUCAACCGUACACACUGUCGGAGGCUUUGGGUCCGUAGGCUAUCGCGCCCCUUGGUCCGAUGAAGACUCGCAGAAGCUUCUUCUGCGGACACAUACCACUGCGCGCUCUGCUUACAUGCUGUACAAGCUCGCCACAAGGCCGAAAGGACCAGAUGGACAAGAGGGUGGCUUCAAGCCAGUGAAGAUGUUCUCAAUAGACCGGGUGUUCAGAAACGAAGCGACGGAUGCUACACAUCUUGCAGAGUUCCAUCAAGUCGAAGGUGUUGUGGCUGAUCGCGGCAUCACACUCGGAGACUUGAUCGGAUUCAUGGAAACGUUCUUCAGUAAGAUGGGAAUCACAAAUCUGCGCUUCAAACCUGCCUACAAUCCAUACACCGAGGCAAAAAUAUUUGCUUUCCACCCCGCUCUCAAGAAAUGGGUAGAGAUUGGCAAUAGUGGAAUGUUCCGGCCUGAGAUGUUAGAGCCCAUGGGAUUACCCCGAGAUGUUCAUGCAUUGGGAUGGGGUCUCAGUCUGGAGAGACCGACAAUGAUUCGGUAUGGUAUCAAUAAUAUCCGAACGUUGGUCGGCCAUAAAGUUUCCAUUGAAGGCGUAGAAAAGUCUGCAGCUUCCUAUAUCUUUGUCUCUGGGGUUGUAUCGACGACAAUGACUGUAUUAGGGAUGCUAACGGCCGGUUGGUUUGGGAUAAACACUUCGUUUGCGGGUCCGAUACCCAUUUUGUUCAGCAUUCUUUACUCGUAUUAUCGCGUCAUUCCAUCAGCAUAUCGUUAUCGUAUCUUUGGAGUUUCGUUGACGGACAAGACUCCGUACUACGUGAUGGCCACCUUUCUGGCGCUUAUCAAUGCUCCGGAAUCCAUAGCUCUCGCGACUAUUGGGAUCCUUACUGGUGCCGCUUGUAGAUCGGACAUCCUGCCCUUCAAGUCGUAUCGACUGCCUAGCUGGAUCAACAAGGUUGCGAGCGCAUUCAGACCACUCAUAGGAUCAACUGAGCCCGGAUAUCGUCCCAAUUCGGUACUUCCAGAACUUGGACAAAGUGGUACACACGUGCCUACAAGUAGCAAUGGCGAGGCCAUCGGGAGUGCUGGAGUCGAUAUCGCAGAGCCAAGCGUUAUGAAUCGGUCACCUGUAGAAGCCCAAAAUCAAACCACUGGCCGAGAACCUACGUCCGAGGAGAUUUCACAGCUCAGCGCCAUGUUCCCAGAAGCCACGAGGGUGCAGAUUGUCAACGCUAUUAGCUCUACGUCAAGCCUCGAAGCUGCCGUAGAAAGGCUUGUUCAGUAA